GGCGGGGGCGAGCCCUUUAAGGCCAGUGCAGCGGCGGAAGCGUGCGGGCGGCACGUGGCUGCGCCGGCGCCCUCGGUCCAGCUGCGCGACCAUGGACGUGGGCGCCGACGAGUUCGAGCAGAACCUGCCCCUGCUCCAGGAGCUGGUCCUGGGCGCCGACUUCGUGGGUCUGGACAUCGAGUUCACCGGCCUUCGGUCCAGCCUGUCUGAACCCCAUCAGAUAAGCCUCUUUGAUCUGCCGUCCGAGUGGUACCUGAAGACCCGGCGCAGUGUGCAGCAGUUCACAAUCUGUCAGAUUGGGCUGUCCGUGUUCUCCACGAUCGAAGGGGAGUCGAACAAGUACGUAGCCCAUUCGUGCAACUUCUUUCUCUUUCCUACAACAUUUGGGAUUUUGGACUCGGAAUUCUCUUUCCAGGCCUCCAGUGUUCAGUUUUUGAAUCAGUAUGGCUUCAACUAUAACAAGUUUCUCAAAAAGGGAAUCCCGUACAUGAAUGAAGAACAGGAGAAGAAAAUCAAGCAGAACAUCCUGGCUGGAGACUGGCGGGUGCGCAGCUCCCUGGAUAAAGACCAGAUCAAGGUGGUGAUCGACGAGGUGACGCGGUGGCUGGACCCGGCCGAGGAAGGCGACUCGAUAACGCUGCCUGGGAUUGCUGGGUUCCAGGCCUUCGAAGUCCAGCUGGUGCUGAGGCAGGCCCUCCCCAACAUCUGGACAGCGCAGAGAGAGCAGGGGGUGGUCGUGAAGAAGGUGAGCAGGCAGCAUCGCUGGUACCUGGAGCACACGUCCUGUGACCGGGCGAGCUGCUGGAAGGAGAAGAUUCUGCUCUCGGCCAGGGGUUUCUCCGUCUUCUUCCAGAUGCUGGUGAGAGCCCAGAAGCCCUUGGUGGGGCAUAACAUGAUGAUGGACCUGCUGCACCUGCACGAGAAGUUCUUCAGGCCCCUCCCAGAAAGCUACGAUCAGUUUAAGCAGAAUAUCCACAGCCUGUUUCCUGUUCUCAUCGACACCAAGAAUGUGACGAAGGACAUCUGGAAGGAACUGAAUUUCCCGAGGGUCUCAAAUCUUUCCGAAGUGUACGAGGUCUUGAACAGUAACUUGAAUCCCACCAAGAAUUCCGGACCAGAGAUCAUUCACGCGAACAAGUGUGAAAAAUACGUGGACACCAAGUGCCCCCACGAGGCCGCAUACGACGCCUUCCUCUGUGGGUCAGUUCUUUUGAAAGUGGCGCACCUGCUCCUGCAGAGGGCGCACAGCAACAGCCCUGCUACCGAGCCCUCGUUCCCUCAGUACCUCGACAUGCUGGCCCCCUACGUGAACCAAGUGAAUCUCAUCCGCGCUGGGGUCCCCAAAGUUAACUUCUCUGGCCCGGACUACCCCAGUUUCCGGCCCCCCGUGCUCAUCCUCAGCGUUGCGCGGUGGCCCGGGGUCAGCGAGCAGCAGGUCUAUCGUGAGUUCCAGAACCUCUGCAAGUUCGACGUCCGGCGACUCACGCGAAGCCAGUUCUUGCUCCUGACCAAUAAGUUUAAGGACGCCCGGAACGUCCUCAAGGAAUACAGGGGCCACCCGAGCCUGCAGGUCUCCCUCUACCGCUACUGGAGGCACGCCCCCGACGUCAAGUGCCUGCUGCAGGUCUGUGGCAUCGUCACCACCUGGGCCCUGCUGGCAUUCUUCCUGGGAAGACCCAGCCCCUGAGGGCCGCCUGUGGCCACCGUCCCGUCUCCGAGCCCCUCGGGCAGGCCCUCCUGCGCUCCGUUUGCGGCUGGGCCUGUGUGGUCCUCCCUGGAGAUCCCGUUACUUUUUUGAAUGUGGAAUUCUGUGACUACUAUCAAUGAUAAAGAAAUCCUUGGAUGCA